UUCACGCUCAUUUCCGUAGAACUAUUAUUAAACUCGUCCAUAAGCCAUCGUCGGAGUAGCAUUGUAGAACCCACGGGCGGCGGUUAUGUACCGGAUACAAGAAGUCAAUUGAACACGACGACGGUACAACCCAAGCCACCGCAACAGCGGGCCCCUGAUUUCGGUGCAAGACCGCCGCGGCCCGAAUUCUAUCAGCAAGGUGCGUACGGCGCUCCCAACAGGCCACAGGGACAGCAGCAAAGGCCGCCAUUGCCGAGAACCCCCGGUGAUAAUAAGGCCAGUCCUUGGAAUCUUAUCCGGCAAACUCUGCCACCGGACAUCGGCGUCCGUGGUCCGGGACAGUUGCAGCAACAGCGUGGGCCUCCACCGCAGAACUAUAACAACAUUAACAACAACAACAGCAUGCAACAGAGACCACCAAUGCAACAAGAACAACAGCAGUAUAGGCAACAGCUGCCGAUGCAGGACCGCCGUGGCCCUACGUCUCGGGUCGGCGAAGACAGGACGCAGUUCAGGUCGGAAAACGGUAGACAGGCGAGACCCGUAGGAGGUGAUGAUGACGAAGAAGUAGUGGUCAACUCUUCCAUUAACCAACAGCAGCAGCCGGUGCUAAAUCGAAGGGAUUCGACCGUGUUUGCAGGCGGUCGAGCCGGUGACGGAGCGGCCGACCCAAACAAGCAGUGGCAGCAGAGGGCGGUGGCGCCGGGAGCGGUACCGUACGGAAAACCGCAGCAGCAGGAACAACAGUACGGUAGACAAUCGUUGGUGAUACCCGAGGGACAGGAGCAGACGCGUUUUCCGGCUCAGGCAGCCGGCGGGUACAACAGCACCAGGCCCGGGGCUCCGCAGGAAGACGAUGGUGGCCUCAACGGCAGUAGACAACCGGCGCAAGCGCAAAAUGGUAUGCAAAAAAUCAGAGACGUGCAGCCUCAACAACAACAACAACAACAGCAACAGCAACAGCAGCCACAGCAACAGAAACAGCAAAAUUUGUUGACGAGACGGGACAGCGUGUUGGACGCGAAUACUACAAAGGCCGGAGUGGACAUGAUGUCACGCAGGAACGACGGAGUGGCCGAUUACGGUAGGAGACCGGCGCAGGACUUGUUGCAGGAUGAAGGUGGCAGCAGGCGGCAACCGGAGGUUACUGGUGGUGCCCGAAGACCGGGGCCUGGGCAGGACUCUGUACAAGAGGAUGGCAAACGGCCGGCCGCCGAGUUUAAGAAAACGGAACAGGAAGACGUGAGUGGCAGACGUUUGACGGACUUCAAAAACAUCAGAUCAGAAGUCGGCCUCGCCGCAGAGUACGGCGCGGCCAGCAGACAGAUGGCCGCGGCGACUAGGCCGGACGACAGACCGUCAGCUGUCAGAGAUUACGAACAGCCGCGGUAUGAGCGCAAAGCAUCGCCGGAAAAAGAUCAGCCUGCUGCCCAGAGGCCGGUUGCGGUGGAGCACGGAAACCGGGCGUCGGAACUUAGAAAGUUGCACUUCGAAGCCACUCAUUUGAAAACGGCCAAGGAGCAACCGCGUAUGGCUCACGACGACGGCAGGGUGGGUUCGGCGCGGGGUAGGGAGCCGCCGGUUGAUGAGACAAGAGCUGCUAGGGAUUACGCGGCCGCGGCGGUGAAGUCGACCGGCGACGGUGACCCGCUAAACGAACGGUACAGAGCGACGUUCAUCGCGGCGAAAGACCGCGUUGCCGGCGGAGACGACGAGGUCGUGCCGCAGCUGAGUAAAAACUCGAGGCCCGACACUUUAAAAAUAAUUAAAGACAAUGAACCCCUCAAAGAUUCGUCAAACUCGAAAGGCGAUAAUGACGUGGGCAAGUCGCCGAGCAAAAUCCCGAAAAAAGACCGUUCAGAAUUGAAAACUCCCACCCGAGCGGUUACGCCAAAGUCUCCUGCGGACAGCGUGAUGUCCAUCGGACAGAAAAAGUUGCCGAUGAACAAAGUGCAAGUGGGAUCUGCGCCAUCUCCGAAUCUCAAGGUAGUCCGGUCGAAAGUCGGAUCACUGCAGAACACCAGUCACAAACCGGGCGGCGGGCAAGUGAAAAUCGAAAAUAGAAAACUCGAAUGGAAAGCCGGUACAAGAGUCGAGGCCAAAAAUGACGCGUACGUUCCCGGCGGUGGCGACAAAAAGAUUCAAAGUGUUAAGCUGCAGUGGAACGCCAAACCUAAAGUAGGUUCACUGGACAACAAAACCCAUAAGCCGGGGGGAGGUGACAAAAAAAUCGAAACCGUUAAGCUCGACUUUAAAGACAAGGCAAAACCGAAAAUUGGGUCUAAAGACAACAUUAAACACACUCCCGGCGGUGGAGCUGUCAAGAGCCAAUCCAUACAAUUAUUAGAAAAGGAAUCGGACGACAUCGAGGAUCAAAAAGUGGACGUCAUUAAAGCCCAGAGCAAAGUCGGCUCGUUGGACAACAUGAAACACAGACCAGGUGGUGGAGAGGUGAAAAUAUUCGAUGACAAGAGUUACAUAAAACAAACGACCGCGGGACAGAUUGGAACGCCAACAAAAACGCAGAGUUCGAGAUCAUCGCAGGCCGGCAAUGUAGCUGAACAAGAAAUUUAGACUACCAUCAUCAUCACUUCAUAAGCGUUAUUUUGUUAUUACGUAUUUCAUACUCGAAAUACACAUUAUAUAAUAAUAAUAUAUAGUAUUUAAUGCUUUUGAUAAGGCUCUAUUAAAGCCAGAGCACAUAUUAUCAUAUAUUGAUUAUUACUAAAUAAUAUGUUUGCACUACCGUAAAACACUCGCUGGUACUUGUACGUAUUAAUAAUAAUCUAAUGUAAAAAGCAUCAUUUUGUACUAAGUUUUAUCGAUUUUAAAAUACAACUUUAUUAUCUCUUUUUGUAACACUACAACAAUAUUGUCGUUAUUGCGUUUCAUUGUUGCAUAGCUCCGGAGGAGUUCUAGUUUGAAAAGUCCAUUAAGUAUGAAGUUAUUUAGUCCCGACGAACGACCCAAAAGCCAUGUGAAAAUUGUUGUUACACCAACAAGCGAGGAGGAUUUGUACAAUAAAAUAGCAACAGACGACAGCAAAGGAGGACCUAGGCGAUCAGCAUACAUUCGAUCACCUUCAAUACACAAUAAUAUAGUUAUACCCGAAGAGGCAGUUAAAACAAAAAAAUGAUAAGAUGUAAUCAAAAUUUAUAAAGAACUAUGUAUUUUUUCAUCUAUUGUGCAGAACGUUUUCAUAAAAACAUUCCAAAUGUGGCAUGAGGUUACUACAUUUACAGUUCCUGAUAUUAGCAGUAUAGUUGAGAUGUUGGAAUUCAAUGUUUUAGAUAUAUGGUACAAUAUGCACAUUUGUGUGAUGAUAAUAAGAAUAAUAAUAAUUAAUAAAUGGCCUAAUUCAAAUACUGAUACAAAAUCAAAAUAUAAUACAGUAAGUACAAGAGUAAUUAUGGGAUAAAUUGCAUACUUAACUAUACAUUAAUUAAUAAAGGGAAAAAAAUCAAAACAAAAUAAAGUACAUAAUAAAGUAAAAUUUUCAACAAAAAGGAAAAAAAAAAUGAAUACAUUAAUCUUGUUACAGGUUUGAACUCGUGUCGAUUAUUUUUUAUACAUGUUUUUGGCCCAAAGCAAGUCAUAAUAUUAACUUAAAUUUUAACUUUUGGUCAAUGGUAGUAUUUCACCAACUAUUUACACUUUAAAAUUUAAAAUUUAAUUUGGUAUAACUAGAAUGUACUCAACACUCCAAAAUAAACCAGAUAUUCAUAACUCACUAAAUAAAAGUUAAAAAUUAUCGAUAUUAUUUAAGGUGUUUCCGGUAGAGAUGCCAGUCUUAAACUAUGAAAAUAAUCCAUUUCCAAUAUUUUUUCAGCCGACAUUCUGUUUGCCGGAUUGUAGGUACACAUUGC